ACGUGAUUGAAAUCCAGGUGGUGAUAAUCAUUCGCGCUGAUUAACCCUUUCGUCUGUCGCGUUUGUCUUCGACCAGCAUUUGUCGCAGACUCGUAACGACGAAUACACGCUGCGAGACCGAGUCAAAUCGUCCCGACUCGACAUCUUCUGCUCUUUAGUGUCCUUCCAACAGCUUGUGCUCCAUUGCCUUGAUGUGUCGAAUCGGACAGCCUAUAUUAACCCAUGACCUCGACUCGACUACGACCUUGCCUUUUCUCGCCAACAGCGUGAAGUGGUUGAUGCUUGAUCAAGAAUACGUCUCAAACCACACUUCGAACUCGGCAUCAAACUGGCGAUUAUGAGUUAUUCCAGUCACUCGUAUAGCUUUCAGGGAGGCUGCUUGCCACCGCAACAGAAUGCAGGCCUUCCGUUCCCAGUCUACAAUGCUGCUUCUCCUCUUCCACCUGGCAACCCCGGUUCUUCUUCAUCGUACCCGAGUCAAAACGCUUUCGAUACAAAUCGCAAUAUGAUCCCUGGGUUAGGGAGGGGAUUCCAUCCGACCCGCCCUGCAGAGCCGACAACAACGGAUGCUGCCAAGGCUCCUAAUGCAACGACAGACGACGACGAUAUGGACGAAGGGGAAAUAAGUGAGAAUGACGACAUUUAUGGAUCAGAAGAUCAGGCAGGUGAAGUGACCGAAAACGCGCAGACAACAGAUGGGACGACCACUGCUGCGGACCGUGGUUCAUACUCUCCUCACCUCUCGCCGCGCGAGCUUGAGCAGACUGAACCUCCAAUCGACGAACAAGUAACUUCUCUCCCGGAUACCAAAGCCCCCUCAAUCCAUGAGCUCCACUCCCGCGUUCAUGCCGCGAUCCUCCAGCUUCAAGCCUUGAAUGUAGAACCCCAUCAUUAUCUCGACGAAGGCAUCGAUCCCAAAAUGCUGGAAGAUCUCUUUCGUGAGGUGGGACUACCUUUCAUACCGAAGCCUGCCAGCGGCCUCCCGGUCAAUUCUCCGCCCGAGACUGUCGAAAAGGCUGCGCCUCCGACCGAAACCGCCCCAAAGCAGCUGCCAGCAUCGAAACCCAUCGUGCCCACGGAUAGCGCAGCUGAGUCACGGAAAGACCGCAUUGCACGGCUUCUCGCAGCCAAGGGGUCUACCAAAUCAGCGAAUGUUUCAUCAGACGAGACCUCGAAGACGGGGCCCGCCGCACCGUCAUCAUCGGCCGUGUCCGAAACCACGCCCGCUAUAACCACGACACCAUCUCCAGCUGCGCAAGCGCAAGCCGCAAAGUCAGAGCUGCUACGACAGAAGAUGGAGGCCUUGAAAAAGCGACGCGAAAGGCAGGCCCGUGCUCCAGAGACAGCAGCAACUGACGAAAAUGGGACAACAGCCGUGGCCCCGUCACCCAAGGUUCCGGCGCAUGCGGCGGCGACUGUAUCGGAAAGUCUUCCAUCAAUGACCAACCCAGCUGGUUCGACACCGACGCAGCGUCCCCAAGCUGCCGUGCCUGUCGCAAAACGACCUGUGGCUUCGGAUUUCGAUAACGAGCCUGACGUACCAGCCAAGCGGCUCUUUGGCCAACACCGACCAGCCCAACCAUUGCUCAUUGAUGUGAGCGAUGAUGACGACGACGAGGCCAUGGAUCUUGACUCGCCAGAAAUGCGACCAGCCUCUAUUGACCGUCCAAGUUCGCCGUUCAAGAUUCCAGCGCUGAAAAGCUUGCACCAGCCUCCUAGUUCACAUGCGGGAAGCCCGGCAGUCACGCCGCCGGCUACGACGCCUGGUGUCCAAAGCUAUCAAGAUAAAAUGAAGGAGAUUGAAGCCAUGAAGCGCAGCAUUGCUGAGCGAGAAGCGCUGCGCAAGGCCAAACAGUCAAGACCUGCGUCUCCCGCCGCUGCGACGAUGGGCAGUCCUCAGCGAGCCUCGAGCCUGCCGUGCAGCGAGAAUGGUCUAUCGCCUACGAUAUCGCCGGUGCAACUACAGCAGCGUUCCCAACCAUUGCCAAAAGCUUCCAGUUUCAGCGAAAAUGAUCGUCUGCGACAGAGUCGGAGUCAGUCAAGGAUAGCAAGUGAUCGCAUUCUGGAGAAAGAAAUGAGACUCAAAGCCCUGGAAUCCCAAAUGAAACGCCUACAAAGGGAGCUUGACCAGGAGAGGGAAGAGGAAGAACGUUUGCGCAGCGAGCAACCCGAUGCAUUAGCUACAGAGGGCCAGCCUGACGCUGAACAUCGGCCUCAGUCACCCACUAUGUUGUCAACAGAGGCUUCACAAUCGGAGGAAGUCCCCAGGGCUACAACUGAGGCAGGGUCAAGGCUUGAGCUUGACUCCCAGAAACAUGCAGAACCAGCUCCUGUGCUCGAGGCUUCAUCGACCCCACAACAAGAAAUCAGUAUUCGACCUCGUGAACCGGCGCUUGAAGAGUCUGAAUCAAGCCCCAAUGCUCAGACUAUUGCUGCAGCCAGUGGGUCGCUAAAUGAGGCAAUCGGGUCGGCGCAAGUUGAGGGAGAUGCAUUCAUGCAUGGUUCCGACCCUCUUCCAGAACAAGAGGGCGAGCCCAUGGUAACAUCGUCAUCAGGCGAAUCUUCUUCUGGCGAAGAUGAAGAGUCCUCUGACGAAAGCGAUGAGGAAGAAGUACAAGGAGUUUCGGUCAAAUCACCUGUGACAAACCCUAUAUCAUCAGGGGCGCCAUUGUCGGUGCCAACAUCUCCGAGCGAAGUAGACAAGGUUCCACUUGGUCAGUAUCAACCUUUCCUAACGUGCCAACAGGUAAUCAUUCCCGAGAAAUCCGCAGAUGCUAAGGCGCAGCAACCACCUGCGCAACAAAGGAGCUAUAUACCUUACGAGUCGCCAUUGAAACAGUUCCGUGCGUAUCGUUUACAUCCCAGCUUCGCCGAGUCGGUACCCGGUGGGCUUCGAUCUCUAACCUACAGCAACAACAUCGAUGUCAACAAGGAGCUCUGCCCAGAUGACUUGGCAGGGCAAGCAUGCCCGCGUGGCGAUGCGUGCCAGUUUCAGCACCUGGCCUCGAUGCAGACUCCCGACGACCAGAUCCUGGUGCAGCUCGGCGACGCAAGACACUUUGAGGGACAAGAGCGGCGAGACUACAUCAAAGGGCUAUGCGCGGUCCUCGGCGACCUGAAGACUCGUCAAAUCAAAGACUUUGACGCCACGGCGCAAAGCAUCAUCGACUUUCGGGCCAAAUUUCGUAAAGAUCCAUACAGGAUCCUUCCGUUAGGGGACGUUAGUAUUUGAGACUGUAGAGAUGAGGUGAGAUCAGAUCUCACAGAGCUGCAAAGGGCCUCCCAUUGCACAUUGGGAGAAGCCUGCCUCUGCUCAUUGGCGCAAUCGCAACUUCUGCGACUGCAUGGUGUAAACGCAAGCACUCGCGUUGAGUGAGAAACAAAAGAUGGAUGAGAAAGAAGCGAGGUUGGCUUAGCACAUCGAAUAUCCGUGUGCUGGGCCGCCGGCCAGGCUCUGGCUUGUAGGACACCAUCUAAACGGGCGAUGUCACAUUGCAUUUUCGCCGUUUGAGCAUAGCUAGCGUUUGGCACAAUAUGACUUUCUUCUCUUUUUCG